AUGAGGCUGAGGCGGGAAGCGCGUGCGUUCACUCGCUCCAAACGGCCGGAGACGCUAAAUGAGCUCGAGCUGGAGGAUGAAGAGGAGCAUUUCUUGAAUACGUUUUCUUUCCUGGCUAACGUUAGCACUUAUGCUGCACAUUUGUGUACUCCUGCUUCGGGGAAAGACUUUUUUUAUUUGAGUUUAUCUAUUUGUUCGUUCCUGUGACACUGGGUAGACGUCAUUCUCACCGGAGCCGCUUACAUUUCUCCUUCAGAAGACAUGCUGCUUUAGAAAAGGAAAAAAACGCACAUCGUUAUUGAUAAACUACGCGACCUAGAACAUGAGACUGAAUGGGCAGUGAUCGUCUGAGUAGAUUCCUUCUCAACAAUAAACACCUUCGUUCAAACUUAACUCACCGUCGUUACGCCGUCGGUUAUUCUCAAGAUGAAUGGACGUUUGAACGGAACCGGCGUGGAGAUCUGCUAAACUUGCUUAAUAUGUAAGUCAUAUGAAUAUGUGUAGUCGCAGGGCUCCACCUGGGAGACGAAGGUGGUCGCGUUUCUCCGCUUGACAGCUCAGAACGAAAAACGCUUUUUUUGCUCAGACUCCGGGAGUGGAUGUCGCUGGCCAGGGUGCUGAAUUUCACCAGGACCGGGUAAGAGAUAAACGAAGGAAAGUGACGGAUCAGAGAGACUCAGGCGUGUCGUGAAUAUAUUUUCACAUUCUGUAUGUUGGAGGAGCCGGGCAACUCAUGUGAUAAAAAUUUUUUAUCUUCGAAAUGAAAAUCAGACAACAUGUGAAAUACGGACAGUUGAGUAACACUUCGCCUUUGUAUUCAUUAUGCUAAUUCAGUGUCUUAUUUCGCCCUUCGUGAUGUGUGGAUAUCUUUGAUCAUCAUCCGUGCAUUUCAGAGGGCAGAGCACAGAAACAGUAGCAAAAAUGGGACAAUAAUUGAGACAGAUCGGGCGGUUUGUUGUUGUCUGUGCUUUGUGUGUAAGGAGUUCAACAGCCCUGUUUUUGAGACAUGGCAGCGGCGAUUGCCAGCGGUUUGAUCCGCCAGAAGAGACAGGCACGGGAGCAGCAUAUAGACCGACCAUCCACCAACAGAAGGAGAAAAAGCCCCAAUAAGAAUAAAGGGCUUUGCAACGGGAAUCUGGUCGACAUCUUCUCCAAAGUGCGAAUCUUCGGCCUCAGGAAACGCAGACUACGACGACAAGAUCCCCAGCUCAAGGGUAUAGUGACCAGGUUAUAUUGCAGGCAGGGAUACUACUUGCAGAUGAACCCAGAUGGAUCUCUUGAUGGGACUAAGGAUGACAGUAGUAAUUCUUCGUUGUUCAACCUCAUCCCUGUGGGCCUUCGGGUCGUUGCUAUUCAGUCUGUGAAGACGGGCUUGUACAUCGCCAUGAAUGGAGAAGGCCAUCUGUACACAUCAGAACUGUUUACGCCAGAAUGCAAGUUUAAAGAGUCUGUGUUUGAAAACUACUAUGUGAUCUACUCAUCCAUGCUGUAUAGGCAGCAGGAGUCGGGGAGAGCAUGGUUCCUUGGCUUAAAUAAAGAUGGCCAGGCCAUGAAGGGGAACCGGGUGAAGAAAACUAAACCAGCUGCUCACUUCCUGCCCAAGCCAUUAGAAGUCGCUAUGUACCGAGAGCCAUCAUUGCAUGACGUGGGGGAGACAGUGCCCAAACCUGCCAUGCCUCCCAGUAAAAGCACAGAGCCGGCCGUCAUGAACGGAGGCAAACCUGUCAGCAAGGAAACCAAGCCCACCACAUAGCCAGAUUCCAUCUUGGCCAUGCUCAACCCCGGAGAGCUGUGCUCCUUUUGUCAGACUCUCCAUGUUUGUGGAUCAGAUCCAGGCAUCCUCUGCUCUCUCCUCCCCAUUCCCUCCACCCCCUUCACUCUUGACUGUUCCGAUCUAAUUCGACGACGGACUGGCUCCAGAAGAGUGGUCAGCUGUGCACGUAGGAGGAUGCGACUGGAUAAACCAGCUAAACUUUCACCAUGGAAUGCCCUAACUGAUAUGGAAUGCCUAUUGACAUACAAUAAAGCUGAUGUUUUUUCUGUAAUCGAGACAAUCCACAAGAAUGAAAUUGUGUACUGCAGGCGCUUGCGUGAUGGUUCUUUUGCCUGCUAACAGUCACCCGUUAUAACCCUUUUCUUGAACCCUGUCGCAGCAGAUCUAUUUUCUAUAUAUACAGUGACACCAGCUCCGCUCUGGGGUAAUACUGUAAAGAUAUACAUAUAUAUGGAUUGGAAUCUACAACUUUUUUUUUUCAAAUUAAGUAUGCUCCUGUGUCUCCUCCUUUCUAGGUGUUC